AUGACAAAGAAAAAAUGCCCAGGGACAGAAUCGGAUUUAUUUUGUUCUGGGAGAGCUUCUCACCCACAGGAUCUCUCCCUUGGGAGAUGGAGUGACAGUCUGUUGGGUUUUAGCCUCUAAUCCAGCAGACUCCUGACUGUCGUUUGGGAGCCUUGUUUGUGUUACUUUUGUCUGGCGCUAUAGGCCAGUGGAGAAAUGCACGUUCCUGUUAAAGGUCUGGUGUUCUAGAACCUGCAUGGUCAAAGCAGGAUUCUUGUAAACUGCAUCAGAUUGAGCAUUUCCACUGAGGCUGCCCCGACCCGCGGAUGGAUUUUUCCACAUCAGGUUGAGUGUUUUCUAAGGCCAAAGAGCAUUCCACCCUCAGCAUGUACGCUGUUGUUCUCUUUUGCCAGCCCCCAUUCCAUAUUAUCCCACGGGUAAGUCUGAGGUUCCUUUGUCUGGGAAAGAAGUCAGAAAAGGAAAAAUAAUAUUGACCCCUAUCUUCACUCCACUGGAAUUGCCCACCUCCCCCGCCAUUGGAAUUAUACAUGAAGGGCCGCAUUCCUUCCGCUUUAUGGGGUAUGACCCGCGGGUGUCCUGAGGCUGGACAUGAAAGCUCGACAGAGUGGCAUUUGAUAGCAAACUGAUCUAGGACAGAAGUGUUCCGCGUUCCCCUAGAGCAUUUUUUUCCCCCCACUUUCCUUUUGUGGUUUCAGAAAUCUGUCUGCUGCAAGAAUCGUUAGGUCUUGGGCUCAGAUCUCCUUCCUCUUACCAGGCCUGGUAUUGACUCCAAGUGGGAGGGAGAGGCAGCAUAAAAGUAUUUCUCUUUUCCUUCUUGAAGGGGGUGUGUCCUGGGCUUGUCUGCCUACAAGGGCAGCAACAUGCACCAGGAGUCGCUUAUGAAUCAGUGGACCUGCAUGAAUGCCAGUGAGCUGCUGGUCAGGUAUUAGCGAUGUCUUUCCAAACAGCAUUAAGAAGUGAUUGAGCCACAGGUACACUGGAGGAGGGGCUCCCUAAGGCUGUGAUGUGAAGAGAGGAAUCACCAGACCAGAGGGCCAAGUGUGGGCGCCUGUCAGGGAUGUCAGGACUUGUGUGAGGGUUAAGGUACACCCAGGAAACCAGCUUUGCAGCCUUGCAUGGUACAUCAAUCGUCUGGCCACAGACCGUGACCCCGGUUGUUCAUGGUUGAGUCCAUGGUAAGGAGGGAGACCAGCUGAAGAUGAAAUUCCACAUGCUCUGGCUCAUCUCUUUCUUCACACUCACCGAUGGCCUGGAAGGCUUCCUGGGGAGAAAUGAAGGCAUGAAAACAAAAAAAGGACUCACUGUGAAUAAGAAAAAGCAUCCAGGCUCAGUCCAGGAAUAUGAGCUGCUGCUUCAGGUGGCCUACAGAGAUUCCAAGGAGAAGAGACACUUGAAGAAUUUUCUGAAGCUUUUGAAGCCUCCAUUGUUAUGGUUACAUGAACCAAUGAAGAUUAUCAGAGCAAAGGCCACCACAUACUGUGGGUGCCAGAAUGGGGUCCUGCAGUGUUCCUGUGAGGACGGCUAUUCCUGGUUCCCUCCCUCAUGCCUUGAUCCCCAGAAAUGCUACCUUCACACGGCCGGAGCCCUCCAGAGCUGUGACUGUCAUCUCAACAACCUCAGCCAGAGCCUCAGUUUCUGCGAGAGAGCAAAGGUUUGGGGCACUUUCAAAAUCAAUGAACGAUUUACCAAAGACCUUUUGAAUUCAUCUUCUCCUUCAUAUUCCAAGUAUACAACUGGAAUUGAAAUUCAACUUAAAGAAGCAUUCAAAAGAAUUCAAGAUUUUGAGUCGGUUCAUGUCACCCAAUUUCGUCAUUAUAGGGAUGGAAGCAUCAUUGCUGGGUUUGAAGUUGUGGGUUCCAGCAGCACAUCUGAGCUGCUGUCAGCCAUCGAACAGGUGGCUGAGAAGGUGAAGGCAGGCCUUCGCAAGCUGUUCCCACUAGAAGACGGCUCUUUCAGAGUAUUUGGAAAAGCCCAGUGUAACAGCAUUGUCUUUGGAUUUGGGUCCGGGAAUGACGAGUACACUCUUCCCUGUAGCAGCGGCUACGCUGGAAACAUUACAGCCAGGUGCCAGCCCUCUGGGUGGCAGGUCCUCAGGGAGACAUGUGUACACUCUCAGCUGGACGAACUGAAGAAGAAUUUCAGUGUGAUCGCAGGCAAUGCCACUGAGGCAGCUGUGUCAUCCUUGGUGAGAAAUCUUUCAGUCGUCAUUCGGCAAAACCCAUCAACUACAGCUGGCAAUCUGGCUUCAGUGGUGUCCAUUCUGGACAACGUCUUGUCUCUGUCACUGUCAAGUCAUUUCAAGGUGUCCAAUUCAACCAUGGAGGAUGUCAUCAGUAUUGCUGACCACAUCCUUAAUUCAGCAUCAGUAACCAACUGGACGGUGUUACUGCGGGAAGAACAGCAUGCCAGCUCACGAUUACUGGAGACACUGGAAAACAUCAGCAGCCUCGUACCUUCGACAGCUCUGCCCCUGAGUUUCUCUCGGGAAUUCAUUCACUGGAGAGGGAUUCCAGGGUCCCAAAGCCAACCUGAGAUGGGUUACAGCUAUGAGGCUAAAAUACUCCCCCCAAAUACUUCCAUUCCCAUCAGAGGCCACGUGUUAAUUGGGUCAGACCAAUUCCAGUGGUCCUUUCCAGAAACUAUUAUCAGCAUGGCCUCAUUGACCCUGGGGAAUAUUCUAUCCAUCGCCAAAAAUGGAAAUGCUCAGGUCAAUGGGCCAGUGAUAUCCACGGUUAUCCAAAACUAUUCCAUAAAUGAAAUUUUCCUGGUUUUUCCCAAGACAGAGUCAAAUCUGAGCCAGCCUCACUGUGUGUUUUGGGAUUUCAGGCAUUUGCAAUGGAACAAUGCGGGCUGCCACCUAGUGAAUGAAACUCCAGACACGGUGACGUGCCAAUGUACUCACCUGACCUCCUUCUCCAUACUGAUGUCACCCUUUGUCCCCCCUGCCAUCAUCCCCUUUGUGAAAUGGAUCACUUUUGUGGGACUGGGCAUCUCCAUCGGAAGUCUCACCUUAUGCCUAAUCUUCGAAGCUCUAUUUUGGAAGCAGGUCAAGAAAAACCAAACUUCCUACACGCGCCAUAUUUGCAUGGUGAACAUAGCCUUGUGCCUCCUGAUUGCUGAUGUUUGGUUUAUCGUUGCCGCCACUGCAGACUCCACAGUAAGCUUUUCUGGAGUCUGCAUAGCUGCAGUGUUUUUUAUGCACUUUUUCUACCUCUCCUUGUUCUUUUGGAUGCUCAUGCUUGGCAUCCUGCUAGCUUAUCGGAUCCUCUUUGUGUUCCAUCACAUGGGCCUGCAUUUGAUGAUGGCUUUCGGGUUCUGCCUGGGCUAUGGGUGCCCUCUCAUCAUAUCUGUCAUCACCAUUGCCAUCACGCAACCUGGCAAUGACUACAAAAGGAAAGACGUGUGUUGGCUUAAUUGGUCUGAUAAGAGCAAACCCCUCUUGGCCUUUGCUGUUCCUGCACUGACUAUUGUGGCUGUGAAUUUGGUUGUGGUGCUAUUAGUUCUCACAAAGCUCUGGAGGCCCACUGUUGGAGAAAGGCCGAGUCAGGACAACAAGGCCACUAUUGUCCACAUGGGGAAGAGCCUCCUCAUCCUGACCCCUCUGCUGGGCCUCACCUGGGGCUUUGGCAUAGGAACAAUAGUGGACAACCGGAAUCUGGCUUGGCAUGUUAUUUUUGCAUUACUCAAUGCAUUCCAGGGUUUUUUCAUCUUAUGUUUUGGAAUGCUCUGGGAUAGUAAGCUGCGACAAUUGCUGUUCAACAAAUUGUCUCCUUUAAGCUCUCAGAAGCAAGCAUCAAAGCAGAACUCAACAGAUGUAUCUGCCAAACCCAAAUUCCCAAAGCCUUUCAACCCACUGCAACACAAAGGCAUUUAUGCUCUUUCCCAUACUGGAGAAUCGUCAAAUGACAUCAUGCUAACCCAGUUUUUAUCAACUGAAUAAGGCUGCGAACCAUAAAAUCAAGGGAAAUUUUUGGUGCAACUUGACAUUUAGAACUAAAUGUCAGUGAAAAAAUUAGCACAAUAUUAGAUGGAAUUUUCUGAUGUGGGCAUCUGGAAUAAAAUGAGAAGUUUUCAGCAGCUCCAUCACUGCUCUUUUUAUCUUCAUUUAAACGGAACCAUUUAUUUCCAUGUGGUUUGACUCAAAGGAAUUGCUUCAUAAACGCAGGAAAGUAGGUUUUAUUAGAAGCUGCAUCUGUUGUACCAGCUUUUCACUGCCACAGACUGCAGUUUCCUUUUUCAUGAAAUAGCAUUAUUCUUGUCGCAUUCCCAGGCAUCUGAACUGCAGUCAGAAAACGUCACGAAAUCACCUGAGAUAAAUGGAUGGCCCACGUUCACUUCCUAUCAAAAAUUCAUUGGUGCAAAUUUCCUAGAGAAGAGGCAUUUCCCUCCCAAAUUUUCCAGUGGGAUUUUAUCCUUUUUUUUUCUUUUUUAGGUUCAGUCACUUACCUUUGAAACUUAUUCAGAAAUAAAAUGAAAAAAUUCUAUUUCACACAGCUUUGUAGCCAUUAGUUGGGAAGUAUAGUGAUAUGAUUGUAUACGUAAGGCAGUGUUUUUCAGUCUACACCUUGUAAUUUCAUCCGGCCCCCAGUCCAGUGAAGUGAGGUAUCCAGGCAGAUGUAAAGCAGAGAUGAGGAAACGGAUGUUCAACGAGGUGGAGAUUUUGUAGCCAGUAAAGGGGUACUGAGGGCUUUUAGGGCUUUUGGUUCCUAGUCCAGUUCUAUGACCCAUAACAGCCUUAGGAAUGACCUUCAACCUUAACAAUACUUAUAAGGUCAGAUAUGAGUUUCAUUACUCCCAGAAUUCUUUCGAUGUAAGAGGCAAAUUGAGGGAGAGUUUGGUUGUCACCUUCUGGGGAGAUACCCUAACACAUCCUGGUUUUCUUUUUUUUUUUUUUUCCUGGUUUUCUUUCAUAACCACUGUGAGUACUUUUGGGGUUGUUUACAUGUACAGCCAAUGCCACUUUCAGAUGAGACAGAGAGCAACAGGUGGACAGGCACCACACGAAGUGACAUUUCCUUUCCAUACUUUCACCCCCUGGGCUCGCCAGUGUUUCAACCCUGGUCACUGGGCCCAGAAAGACUGAGCCCUAUCUGACUCAUCCCUGCUUCUAGAAAUCUUAGACAUCCUAAAACUCUGCAAGGGCAGAUUUCUUUCAGCAAUAAUCGUGAUGACGAUGGUGAUGGUGACGAUAAUGGUAAGAGGUCAAAGAAGAAGAAGCAACAUUCAUAGACUGCUCACUCCCUGCCAGGCACUAAGUGCCUUGCAUAUGUUAACUCUUAAUCUUCACAAGAAGCUUGGGAGUGGGGAACAUUACUGUCCCCGGUUUACAGCAGCAGAAACGAAGGCACAAAGGGGAAAUAAUGUGAGCAGGGCAACACGGAUGAUGAAUAGCCGUUAUACAUAUAAUAGUCGUGGAUGUUAAUUUUAACAGGAAGUGGGUUAUAUAAGUCAGACUAGAAGGCAAGGGCACUGCUUAUUUAAUUGUAAUUAGAAUCUUACACUCUCUGGUCUGUGAGGGAUCUCAAGCAUCAUCUAGUCCCUAUUUUACAUGUAGUCCUCAUGUCCCGAAUCUCAGCAGACCAUGAUUACAAGAUGAAGUCAUGUCCACUUUUAAUGGCUAUCUAUAGUAGUAUAUUAACUCAGACUGCUAUAACAACAUAUCACAAACUGGGUAGUUUAAACAACAGAAAUUCAUGUUUUUCACAGUUCCGGAAGCUAGGACUUCCAAGAUCAAGCUGUCUUUAGGGUUAUUUUCUGAUGAGACCACUCUUCCCGUCUCAUAGACAGCCACCUUCUUGCUAUGUCCCCACAUGGUCUCUUCUCAUUGUAUGCUAAUAGAGGUCUCUGGUGUCUCUUCUUCUUUAAGAGCACCCAUCCUAUCAGAUGGGGAUCCCACUCUGAUCACCUCACUGAACCUUAAUCACCUCCUACAUGGCCUCGUCUCCACAUACAGUCAUAUUGGAGGUUAGGGCUUCAAAAUAUGAAUUUUGCAGACACGCAGUUCAAUUCCUAACAAGCAGCUGGGGUUCUUAUCUGUUUAAUUGAACUUAGGGUCUUUCAACAUAUCCUCUCAGUUAUUUCUUGAAGUCCCCAAGGGAAUGAUGAAGGACAAUCUCAGGUGCAAUGACCAUAGUUUUCCAAGGUCACCACAUAUGGCUUUACAGGCCGUGUACUCAAGAGGGUGCCAUUCUCACACCUGUGAUAUUAAUGGUGCCAACUAAAGUUGUCUAGGCCAUAAUCUGCGUAGUCACUCGUGGUAACCCUAAUUAGGUCCACCCGCCUUGGCCUCCCUUUCUUGUUCUGCCUUUCACUCAUCCACAGUUGCUGCUUACAAAAUCUCUUUGAUGAAGCCUCGCCACCACGCCCUACCUCUCAUGGAUGUGUCAGUGCUCAUGCCAAGAGUUUGAUCCUAGAGGUCUCUAAGGCUCCCGUUGCUCAUGGCAUCAGAGUGGGUUGGGGUAACUUCCACCCAGUCUCCACCUCAUAUUGCCUGGAUAUACCCACUGUCAACAGUUCUGUCUGGCAAGCUAGAGAGGUCAGAUGUAAGUGCCAGCACUUAGUGAAGAGUGAGCCCAUAAAGAUCAAACUCCAGGUUGGACAGUCCCUGCCCCAGAUUCUUCCACCUUUCUACUGCAAGGGAGGAGAUGUGGAUGCAUUUUCAUUAUGCCCAUUGGAGUCAUUGAUGGAAGAAGGCAAUAGAGCAUGUGAAUUUGUGCCAACCAUUUGGUUCUUAGACCAGGCUCUCUACUGCAAUAGGUUCCACUUAGGGCAGUGCAUCUGAAUUCAGCCCCAUGGACACAAUGAACAUUCAUUAGGCAUGUUCAAGUAGGACACAGAACAGAUUUCUGAAUGGGCUAUUUUGAGAUUUACAGAGUCUUUUUAAAAUUACUUUUUGUAUUUAAUUUUUUUAAUGUCUAUUUAUUUUUGAGAGAGAGACAGAGUGUGAGUGGGGAAGGGCAGAGAGAGAGGGAGACACAGAAUCUAAAGCAGGCUCCAAACUCCGAGCUGCCAGCACAGAGACCGAUGCAGGGCAUGAACUGGGGCCCUGGUCUGGGGCCCUAAAUGGACUCUGUGUUGAGACCAGCCUACAUGCCUACAGUUUGUCAGAGUGAAGCAUGUGUGUGUGUUUCUUACGGAGAAUGGUGAGACAAGCAAGCAAGAGAGAGACAAUACCGGGUUGUCUUGGGUGCUGUGUGAGGGGGCCACCCAAAGUGGUGGAGAUCGAGCAGAAAGAAGUUGGAGGUGAAGCCAGAUUAGGGGAUGAGCACCUGGAAUAUAGAUGAAUUUGUAUGAGCUAAAGGAAUUGCAUGUGAGAGAGGUCAGGGAUACGAAAUUUCAGAAGAGUUCCCGAACACUCCCUCCCUUCCAUCCAGAGAGACCUGGAACCAUAUAAAAGCAACCCCAUCUUGUAAUUCAAAUCUCUCUUCCUGGACUUGAGGGAAAGGAGGUCAGAAACCUCAUUGCCCAAGGUGGGGCGGGUAGAAGGAGAGGAAGAAAAGUUGAGCAAAAAUGUCCAUCAGCAAAGAUGUGCCAGUGCAAAGAGCCAACCCAGAGUAGGACUCAGUUGGAGAGGGAGUUGGGGGAGAAUAGAAAUUCAAGCCAAAUUAUUUGUAGUUAUUAUUAUUACAUGAGACUCAGCAUCUUAAUAACCAAACUGAGAGUGUGUGAACUAUCCAAAGUGACCACAAAGCUGCUAUUAUUGGAGCAUGUUGGAGUAAUUUCUGGAACAUAUCUGGUGGGAAAGAAAAGCUUUUACUCUUGAAUAAAUUUUAUAAGGAUAAUGAGAGACAAAAAAAAAGGGUGUUUGAUCACAUGUCAUAAACCACGUUUGUCUAAUCCACUGAUUACACACACGUUUAUCUCAGAUACUUCCCAAAAUGCUACUAAAAACAAUAAAAGAGUCAGAAAAAGAGUAAAACAUUGCAAUAGUUCCUAUCGCUGAAUUUAAAAAUUGCCACAAACAGGGGCUUAAAGCAACACACAUUUAUUAUCUCACAGCUUCUGAGUCAGGGGUCCAGACACAGCUAACUGAGUCCUCUGCUCAGUUUCACAAGACUGUAAUCAAGGGCUGCAUUUUCAGCUGGAGGCUUGACUGGGGAACUCCAACUCCUUCAAGUUAUUGGCAGAAUUCAUUUCUCUGCAGUUGUGGGAAUUAGAACCUUGACUUUUUGCUGACUUAUUGGUUAGAGGUUACCCUGACACCCCAGAGGCUGCCUAUACUUCCCUGACACAAGAGAUUCUCUAACAUGGCCACUUAUGCCUGUAAGCCUGCCAGAACAGUCUGUUACUCCAGUGGGCUUUUAUGACAAAGUAUAACAUAAUCAGGUGAGUGACAUCUCACAACUUUUACCAUAUUCAAUUACUGGAAGUAGGUCACAGGUCCUGGCCACACUCCAGGAGAUGAUAGGUGAAAGACCCACAGUUAGGUUUGUGCCCCUCCAAAUGCAUAUGUUAAUACCUAACCCCCCAGGUGAUAGUAGUAGGAAGCGGGGCCUUUGGGAAGUAGUUAGAUCGUGAAGGUGGAAUCUUUGCAAAUGGCAUUGGUGCUCUUACAAAAGACUCCAUAGAGCUCUCUUGCCCUUUCUACCAAGUUGGAAGUUGGCAGUCUGUAUCUCAGAAGAGGGUCUUGCCAGAAACCGACAGUAUUGGCAUCCUGAUCUUGAACUUCCAGCCUCCAGAACUAUGGGAAAUAAAUGUUUAUAAGGCACCCAGUCUAUGGUAUCUGGUUAUAGCAGCUUGAACCAACUGAGAUGACAGCAUUGUGAAAUUUCUUCUAUGAUAUUCUGUGACAGAAGACAAAAAAGAAGAACAAAACGUUUUCAGAGGGGGAAAAAAAGGUUUUACGUAAAAGGUCAAAAUCAGAAUAUUAUCAGACUCCUCGCAGUAACGUUGUAAGCUAGAUAACGAUGGAGAAUGGUUUCAAAACGUUGAGAAGGAAUUAUUGCAACCCAGAAGCAGUUAAGUGUGAGGAAGAAUAAAGAUAACUUCAGCCACAGAAAUUCGCCAUAAAUUUUCCUGCAAACCUUCCCUUGCCAAAAGCUGUUGGGAAAUAGUACCAAACGUGACAAUAGAUCUAGAAAGGAAAAGGCUUGGGACCCCAAAAACAAAAGAUGCUAUGAAAGAGAGAGCAGAGGGACUAUCUAGGGUGGGCUUAAAAGGAGUUUGUACCCAGACAACAACCUGGGGCAGAUCCAGGCUAGAGCUGCAAGAAAGAUUGCUCAAGAAGAUGAAAGUGAGAGUAGGAUACCUAACAGAUCUGAGUGUUACUACUUUUUUAAGUUAUCUAUUUUAUUUUAUUAAUUAUUUUUUUUUAGAGAGACACAGAGCACGUGAGCAGGGGAGGGGCAGAGAAGGAGAGAGAGAAUCUCAAGCACACUCCAUGCUCAGCGUGGAGCCCAGUGCAGGGCUCGAUCCCACAACCCUGGGAUCAUGACCUGAGCCGAAAUCAAGAGUUGGAUGCUCAACGGACUGAACCGGCCAAGCACCCCUGAGUGUUAUCUAGAAGAGAUUUACAUACCCAGGGGUGGGUUGGGAUAAAUUUUUGAUAUGAACACAGAAAUCCAAACAAGUAAAAAAAAAAAAAAAAAAAAAAAAGCGUUACAUCUAACAGAAACAAAA